UCAGGUAACAAUGAGAAGGAGACAAACAGAAGCAAAGUAAACCAAGAGAAAGGAAGGAGAGAAUAGUAUGCAGUAGAGAGAAGGUGGAAAAAGCAAGCAAGUGGUUGCUAAAAGCUGUAUGAAAAGAGAAAAUGAUAAAGGACAUUUAAUACUCGGGCCAAAUAUUGGAGAAACAUAAGACGAAGGUCAGCACAGGAGGCCAAUUUGUGGAAAAGAACAUUUUGAAGCUACAUACAUGGAGUACAGACUAUAUGGGCAAUGGUGAUCAUUCCUUAACUGGAACUACAGUGCUCUUCUUACAGGUACAAUGGGGUGUGGGUGCAGCUCUGAGUAUGAUGAGGACUGGAUGGAAAACUUUGAUGUGUGUGAAAACUGCCAUCUUCCUCGGGAGAAAAAACAGAUGAUCAUGCAAUAUGAAGUACAAGACCCACUGGUGCCAUAUAUGUCUUCAGUACCUCCCACUUCUCCAGUGCAUGAUAAACAGGUAAUGGCUCUCUAUGAUUACAUACCUGUGCAUGUUGGCGAUCUUGGCUUUCAGGCUGGAGAGAGGCUAUUCAUCCUGGAAUCAACUGGAGAGUGGUGGAAAGCGAAGUCUUUGCUUACAGGAAAAGAGGGACUUGUGCCAUAUAAUUUUGUAGCACCUGUAAGUGGAAUUGCAUGUGAACGCUGGUUCUUCAAAGACCUGGGUCGGAAAGAUGCAGAACGUCAGCUCUUAGCCCCAGGAAACCAACAAGGAUCUUUCCUUAUACGAGAGAGUGAGACAAAUAAAGGCUCCUACUCGUUAUCUGUUCGUGACCUAGUUCAGAAUCAUGGAGAAGUGGUGAAGCAUUACAAGAUUCGCAACAUGGACAAUGGAGGAUUCUACAUAUCUCCUCGAAUAACUUUCAAGACUCUCCAGGAACUUGUGCAACAUUAUUCCGGCAACUUGGACGGAUUGUGCACCUUACUGAAGGAACCAUGUCAGACUGGACGACCACAAAAACCAUGGUGGGGUGAUGAAUGGGAAAUUUCACGCACGUCACUUCAGCUAGUGAAAAAACUAGGUGCAGGGCAGUUUGGAGAAGUGUGGAUGGGUUACUACAAUAAGCACACCAAAGUUGCAAUAAAGAGCCUCAAGCAGGGCACCAUGCCCCCAACAGCUUUCCUGGCAGAAGCCAACCUAAUGAAGCAGCUGCAACAUCCGCGAUUGGUGCGUUUACAUGCUGUGGUGACAGAAGAACCUAUAUUUAUUGUGACAGAAUUCAUGGAAAAUGGGAGCCUGGUUGAUUAUUUGAAGACACCAGAAGGCCUCAGAAUAAGUGUCUAUAAACUUAUAGAUAUGUCAGCUCAGGUUGCAGAAGGAAUGGCUUUCCUUGAGCGGAAAAAUUAUAUCCAUCGGGAUCUGCGAGCUGCCAACAUCUUGGUAUCAGAAAAAGUGAUUUGUAAAAUUGCAGAUUUUGGUCUGGCUCGGAUGAUAGAGGACAAUGAGUACACAGCACGGGAAGGUGCCAAAUUCCCAAUUAAAUGGACAGCUCCUGAAGCAAUAAAUUAUGGAACAUUUACCAUCAAAUCAGAUGUAUGGUCAUUUGGUAUUCUCUUAACGGAAAUCAUCACAUAUGGGCGAAUUCCUUAUCCAGGGAUGACUAACCCUGAAGUAAUAGAUCAUCUGGAGCGUGGGUACCGCAUGCCAAGACCAGAAGAUUGCCCUACAGAACUUUACGAAUUGAUGCUUCGAUGUUGGAAGGACCACCCUGAAGAAAGGCCCACAUUUGAAUUCCUUCGUUCUUAUUUGGAAGACUUCUUCACAGCUACAGAGGGCCAAUAUCAGGUUCAGCCUUAAGCUGGGCAUGCAAAUUAGAUUUUUGUUAGUGGAUAGACACCUUUUGUUCCCUAACAUUACUAAAGGACAGUGCAGCCACCAGCCACCUUUUGUUUAUUAUUUGCUUUUAUCUAAUUUAAGCAAUGUUGUAAAGAACUUGAUAAGCAACAAAGAUGUAAGGCUAGGUUCACAUCUGUAUCGGAGGCUCCUUUGAGAACCUCUGUCGCAGAAUCCAUUUAAAUAACCAAAGGAGAACGCUGCAUGCAUUUUGUGUCUGGUUAUGUUCCAGUAAAAUAACAGACAUAGAUGGAAACUCAAUGAACCCCCAUUAAAGUCAAUGGAUUCAGAUGGUAUCAUGCAGCAGGCCCGAACCGAAUCUCCAACGGAGGUCCUGAAAAAAGUCCUAACAGGGUGUUGCCAUCAUGAACGUCGUUUUUCAGCAAUAAAAAUCUUUAAAUUUGGCCUCAAAAUUGCAAAAUAUCAAACUCUGCAAUAUACAGACUUUUUUUGUCUGUCCAUUGCUACUGAGCCAUUGUGCAGUGAAUAGUGAUUUCACUAAAGACGGACAUAUCAUUACCACAAUGGUCAACAAGGAUAUACUAUCACACAUGGUGGUACAACAAGAGCUGGAUAGUAUGUGCAAGACCAGCAAUGGGGUCAAACCUAAAAGGGGUAGGGCAAGGAAAUUGCAGAUUUUUUAUUAUUUUGUAACUUUUAGCCCAAAUUCAUAGUGUUUGAAUAAUUUAUUUUUUACGCCACUUUAAAAGGUUGACCAGGGUGUAAUAAAUUAAUAUAACUGCAGGAAAUGUUAUAAAAUAAAAGACUUAAAGGGUUUGUCCUGUAUUAGAAAAAUGCAGCUUCUUUUUUUUUUUUUUCCAAAAACAGCACCAUUCCUGUUCACAGGCUGUGCGCAGUACUGCAGCUUAGUCCCAUUUACUUCAGUAGUGUUGAGUUGCAACACCAGACACAACCUAUGGAUAGGAUUGGAGCUGUUUUUGCUUUAAAAAAAAAAAAGCAACAUUUUUCUAAUACUGGAAACCCCUUUAAUUACCCUAAAAUUCCCUGUUGAUCUUUUUUUUUUAUUUUCCUUCAUCAAUGACUGUCUGUACACUGCAUUGAAUCACUGAUCUGUGUAGUCUCAAGCAGUAUAUGCUAGCAUCAAUGUUGAGGCCAGUGAUUGGAUGUAACAGUCAUGUGGAUUUAUGACAUAAACAAGGACCUCUGGAGACCUUAUGUGUGUUUUAUUUUUAUUAAUAACAUUGUCAGUUUUUUUUUUUACUCUUGGAAAACCACCCUCUGCAAUCCCAUCUUCUAGAAAAUAUUAAUAUCAAAUAAUAUAUGUUUUUUUUUUACUUUACCUG